CAUCUACUCCCAACAGGUAGCAAUACUAUUUCGAUAGUUGUGUUUUGUGUACAACAAAUGCUAAGAGAAAUCAACAACUUCAAAUUAAAUAAAUAUUUCCAGAGCACAGUGUUUUUAUUUUUUUUUAUUUAGUCUCUUUUUAUUUCCAGUUUAUUCAGGAGCCAAAGUACUCCUGAUUGUCGAUGCCCAGCGUCAAAGAUGAAUCUGAGCCCGAAGGCGAAGAAAUGUCGCACGAUAGCAACAACAGUGACCAGAGUUCAGCCUCCUGUGAUAGCAGUGCGGACCACAGUGACAGCGAUGACUCCUCGGAGAUGGAUGAGGAUGAAUGCGAAAGAAGACGAAGUGAAUGUAUGGAAAAUUUGGUAGACUUGGAGCGACAAUUUACCCUCCUCAAGGAGCAGUUGUAUCGUGAAAGAAUUACUCAGGUAGACACUAAAUUAAGCGAAGUAAAAGUAGGAAAGUCCGAGGAAUAUCUUAUACCCCUGGAAAUCCUCAACCAAAACAUGAAAACACGGACGGAAGUUGCGGGAAUCUUGAAACAGUUGAGAUUACAAAAUAUCGAGAACCAGUUCCACGCUGAGGAGCAGGCGGCCAGACAGAAUUACGAAAGCGAAAAGAGACUUGUCUGGGACGCGAUUUACAAUGACCUGCAAGACAAAAUACGGAGGCUAGAAGAGGAUCGCAAUAACGUGGACAUCAACGCAGACUUGAUGUUCAACUCAAGCAGCAGAAGGAGGAGAAAUCACACGGACAGACGCAGAGCCGUGUCCGUCACUGGGCCGUACAUUGUGUACAUGCUCAAUGACGCAGACAUUCUAGAAGACUGGGCUCUGAUCAAGAAAAGUUUGAGUAGUCGGAAAACCGAGAUCCUUUGAAGUAAAUAUUAAUUUUUUUUUUUUUCAUCGAAAUUUUUGGAUUGUGCAUAAGAAUAUUUUUAAAAACAUUUCGAUUAAGAUAAUGUUACAUUAUUAAUAUUGAUAUAAAUAUAUACAGAUAGAUAUUAAGAAUUAAAUUUAA